UACCUUAGAAUUCUCCUUUUGGUGUGCACCAACUAGGGCUACCGCCCCAGUGAUGUAGCCUUGUGUAAAGUGAGAAUGGGGAGAGCGAGCGAGCAGUCAGUCAAGUACGAACAGCCAGGCGGAAAGGUUCAAUAACCGGACAAUCGAAUUGAAUACUUCAUUCUGUAUCAGAUAAUUUAUUAAUAAACAUUCUGUUUUACUUGUUAUACUACUACCCGGGUUACAUCUUGACAGAUUCAGAAGCGGGUAUCGAGAACCCAUACAGGAGUUAAAAAUUGUAAGUAAAUUUACAAAGGAAAACGUGAAUACAAUACGGAGCUGCGUCACAAGAAAAACGAAAUAAGCUGUGCAACAUACCCAAAAAACAUACACAUACGUACAUAUUUCGAACGCGGUGGCGCAGCAGCAGAACACUCGACGUAAAGGAGAAGGUGUAAACGGAGCGAGUGAGGGGCACGUAAACGCACACACACUCUCACAACACCGACGUUAUAUGCGAAAGAAAAGAACGAUCAAAAAGUGUAAGUGAGCAACGAAGGUGCAGCGGAAUACUAUAUAAAUGCUCAAAUUACCAACGGCGGGUACGCAAGCAAACGACUCAACGAAGAAAGAGUAAACGUCAGCAACGACUGUGCAACGAACAGGCACAUACAGGGAAAAACAAACGCAAAAGGAAUUGACAACGACGCUCAGCUACUGAUGAGAAAGGAAAAGGGGUGAUAGCAAGCAGUGCAUAUAGAAACAUUGAGAAUUAAGGGGAAUUGCGGAAGAAGAUUUAAAAAAAAAAACGACUCCAACGAACAAAGUAGGCUACGGAAGAAAAGGCUUGUGGUGUUUUUUUGAGGAAGAAGAUUUUUUGAAGUGGCAAGCAAGGAAAAGGUACGGGUCGCACGAGUACAGCAGCGAGGAUGAAAUUGGAAAAUUUAAAUGUGCUAUUGCGGAGGUAUGAAUUGGCGAUUAGUGGAAAUAAAGCGCACAAAGUAGCAGCCCUUAUGGAGGCGUUAGGAACAGACGAGGUCGAACUGCAGGAGGUAUCAUCAGUUGAACCAUGGGAGCAGCCAUUCAACCAGCUGCAAGAGCUUGUAUUAAGUUUGGCGAACUCCGUAAAAGCUAAUGAACUGGCGCUAAAGCCAGAAGCAGCGGCACGAAACAACGAUGGAAAUGAGUCGGUAAGAACGGGAGCAGCAACGGAGGGCGGAGUAGAGGCUCCUGAACCCUCACCGCAACGAGGCCACCCAGUGCAGAUGGUGCAUACGCAAGUGUAUCAGAAGUAGUAGGAGUCUUUCCAGAGUUUGACCGGUACGGAAAACGAUGACAGCGCAGCAGUUCGUAACGAAACUAGAGCAAGUACAACAAGUGUGCUGUUGGAAUAAUGAAACCGGGCUUUUAGCAGUUCACCACAAGCUGAAAGGAGUUGCCAAGAAUUGGUUAGAUGCGCAACCUGUGUACAAAUCGUGGGCGGAAUUUGUCCAAAUAUUAUUGAAGGACUUUCCGUAUACAGUGACAUCAGCAGACGUUCAUCGGGAGUUGGCAGCACGACGGCGUAAACCAAACGAGACACUCAUAGAAUAUUUUUAUGAAAUGCUGGCGAUAGGAAGGCGUGGCGCCAUUGAUGAGGAAUCAAUAAAUUCCUACGUUAUCAACGGCUUAAACGACAUUACGUCCACGCGAACGUUAUGGGCAAUGAAUGUGCGAACAAGCAACGAACUAAGGCAGUCCCUGGAAAGUAUGUGUGCGACGACCCAAGGGUAUAGACAACGUGUCACUCCAUGUACUAACUCAUCCGGGUAAGCCCGGUUUCGGUUGAAGAAAAAGCCAAACGUGUUAAAUGUUACAAUUGCAACGGACACGGACAUAUAGUGGCAAAAUGUCCACAACCUUCGAAGAAACCACGAUGGAGUAAAUGUUCAAAGGUUGGACAUGAGACAAAGAAGUGCACAGCGGAAUCAAAAGUGACGGUUGCUAAGAUCGACAGCAACAUAGGUGAGCAAAAGUUUAUUCCGCCAAUCGUCGAAGAAGUCCAAGGUGAAGGGGUAAGGUAUCAAGCUUUAAUAGAUACCGGCAGCGAUCACUCGCUAAGAAGGCAGUCAGCUAUUAUGACUGACGCACAUACGGAGCCGACGUAUCAACGGUUGCAAGGGUUUGGUGUAGGGCUCGUAAAAUUAUCCGACUAUUCGACAAAUCGGUUAACCGAUUAUUCGAUUCGUAACCGUUCGCAUGCUUAUUAGUCGGUUAAUGGUAUUCGAAUAGUCGCUCGACUGCGAUUAUUCGAAUAGUUGCUUUGCUUCGACUACUCGAGCAUUGUAGCAAAUCGAAUUUCAGUAACCGAACUUUCAUUGAAAUUUCUUUGACAUACACAUAUGUAUGUAUAUUCAGAUACAAAAAUGAGCGGACGCAAAAGGAGCUGGGUUUGGGAUUUUUUCGAAAAAUCAGAGGACGAAAAGGAAGUAACAUGUUCCAUAUGUGGUGCAGUUUUGUGCUACAACUCCUCCACAUUCUCACUGAACAACCAUUUAACAAAAAUCCAUAACAAAAAUCGCGAAAACGAGAGCGCACAUUCAGCCGAAGCUUUCCACAGUGAAAUUUCAAGCGAUAGGCCCAACAAAUCCAAGAAGAAGAGGCUAGAAGGUGACACAGCCGUCGUUACACACGAACGUCAAGAAGAAAUUUCACGAGCAGUUGCACGUUUGAUUUCAACCAACAUGCUACCGCUUUCAAUUGUGUCUUCCGAUGGCUUCAGAGAUUUUAUGAAAGUGAUAGAACCCGGCUACAAAGUUCCCUGCGUUAGAAGCAUUCAUUCUCGCUUGAAGCUAUUAUAUAAAUCCGUCAAAGAAAAUAUAUGCAAUGAAUUGGCGGAGGCAUCAAGUGUUUCAAUUUCUGUGGAUGAAUGGUCUUCUCAAACGCUGCAUUCUUAUAUAUCAGUAGAAGCUCAGUAUUUUAACUCAAAAUACGGCUUGUGCACUGCUACGCUUUGUAACAAGCAGUUGGAAGGAAGACCAAAUGCAGAUAAUAUUGCUUCCACUGUCGAAUCAGUUUUAAAUGAUUGGAAUAUUUCAAAUAAGGUUCAAUCAAUAACUCACGGCAGUGCAGCAGUUAUGAAUGCUGCGGCACAGAAACUAUAAAAUAUACCUGAUAGUGUUAAGUGCAACGCUCAUCUUCUGCAGUUGGUUGUUAAGGAUGCAAUUGGAGCCGUUCCACAGUUUACUGAAAUAUGCAAGAAAGCCAAAAAUGUGUCUUCGUAUUUUCAUCGCUCAAGCGUAGCCAAAAAUGCUCUUUCAAUUCGCCAAGUACAGUUGGGAAUUAAAGAAAAUCGGCUAGUUCAAUCUUGCGAGAUUCGUUGGAACUCGAAAUUAUACAUGUGCGAAAGUAUAAUUUUAAACCGCAUUGCAAUCUGCUUAGUUUUAGGAGAUAGAGCAGUCAGCAAAUCAUGCGAUGCACUUAAACUUGAAUUUACUGAAAGAGAAUGGAACGAAAUGGCGACUCUGGUGAGGGCUUUAAAGCCAUUUGAUAAAGCUACAACAGUGUUAUGUAGCGCAAAAACUGUAACGAUGUCUUUGGUCCGUCCUAUACUAAAUCGGUUUACUCAAAAUCAUAUGUCUGCAUCUUCUACUGAUGGAAUAAAUGAAAAAAUAUUUAAAGAAUGUGCCAGAAGAUCUUUUUUUAAAAUAUUUAACAUUGGAAACACUUGCGAUGACAUUCCUGCUUCUCUUGUAGCAACAUUUUUGGAUCCACGAUAUAAAAAUUUGUAUGGCGAAGAUGUUGAAACAAAAACCAAAAUUCAUGACUUUGUAAGAAGCUAUUUAGAAAAAGAGAAAUCAACAAAUGUGGCAGAGCCCAAAGUAGAAUCCACGGAUUUGGACUUUUUGUUUUACGAUGACACGUUGCCCAAUGACGUGACGUCACAGCUAGAUUUAUAUAUUGCAGAACCACAACUUGGUCAUAAUAUUGAUCCAAUAACAUGGUGGAAAACUCAUAGCGAAAUUUAUCCUAAUAUUUUCAAGUUAGCCAAACGUUAUCUAUGUAUUCCAGCAACUUCAGCUGAGUCGGAGCGAACAUUUUCUAUUGGUGGAAACAUUGUCUCUCAACGAAGAAGCUGCCUACUGCCACAAAAUGUACACCUUCUCAGAUUUUUGUGCCAAAACAGACGUUUCUUAAAUGAAGUUAA